GCACCAGCACCAGGCCACAGCUCCCAUCGCAGAGAUACUGAGACUGAGAUUGAGAUUGAGAGAGAGAGAGCGGAAGAAUUGAAUCGCACAGAGAGGAGUCGCGCUGAGACAACGUUAAGAAUCCGAUUUCGAUUCCGAAUCCGAUUCCGAUUUGGAAUCCGAGGCAAAAAGCUUGAGACUCGCCAGCAGGCGCUUCAUUCUCGAGUUGUGAUCCAACGGGUUAGCAGCUCAGCUCAGCGCAGCGCAGCUCGCAAGCAGUCGCCGUUCGUCGUCGUCGAGCGGCAAGCAGUUCGUUACGUUUCGUUACAAAUCUAUUUGGCGCCCAACAAGUAGCAUCCAUCGAGUGUUUUUGUUCUCCAAAGGCAAAGCGCGAAAAUUAUGCCUUCAGCCACAUUUGUCCUGGAGCAUUUGAUGGCGGCACAAUCGCGACUCGACGAGCAGGCCGCAUCCCCAGCAGAGGUCAAACCCACCAUCCGCACCACCAGCAGCACCACUAGCACCACCACUAGCACCACCACCGUGGCCAAGGCCACCAAAGUCAAGUCGUACGAGAAGAAGCUGUUGCUGGCUCUCAAGAAGAUUGUGCAAUAAACGAACAAUAAUAAACGAAUGCGGGGUAAACAGCACUCUAUUUGACAAACUGUAGACAUUUCCCCUUUAAUCGAGCUGACUAAGAUCAAUAAAAAGCAAACAGAGAAGCACAACAAACAGCGGCAACAAAACAAGAAUUCUAGUUUUUGUGCUUUCCGUGUGUGUACGUGUGUGUGCGCGUAUCUGUGUGGGCAAGUUGUUACAUAAAACAAAAACAAACUAUAAUAAAUACAGAAAAUAAUUAUAAAAAAAUAACAAAACAAAAAAAAAACAGCCCAGUCGAGACGCAUUUUUCCGCAGUGGAAUACUACUAUCUAAGCUUCUUUUUGUUUUGGUGUGUGCGAGAAAACGAGUGUGAAGAAAAUGCUGUUCAACAAAUGCCUGGAAAAGUUGUCCAGCUCGCUGGGCAAUGUGGUCAAUCACAAGUUGCAAGAGAAACAUGUCUACAACAAUAACAACAACAUCAACAACAUCAACAAUAACAACAGCAAUACGCCAAACAACAAUGCGUACAACAAGCAGCGCAACUUUGAGUACGAAAGAGCCAUACAGGCGCACUACGGCAGCAAGGGAAGAGAGAGGAGCGGCAAGUUCAAGGCCAGCAAGGGUCGCAAAGCCAAGGUCACCCCGCCAGGGACGCCCGCUCCGGAGGUCCAGGAGCCGGCCUGCAAGAACUGCAUGACCCACGACGAGCUGGCCCAGAUCAUAAGGGGCGUGGCCAAGAGCACUGCUGCUGGCGAAUGCAAUCGGGAAAAUCGGGACAAUCGGCUGCAGCGCAGACGUCGUCCACUGUCCGCCCAACCCUCUGCCGCCGCCUCCACGUCCACGUCGACGGAAUCGCUGCACCGGCUCACACCCAGCCCCCAUGCCAACUAUGCCUCCUACCCGGCCACGCCCACCUCCUGGACAGCCACCCCGCCGCAGUUCCCAGCCGCCUUCGGCGGGGCCAGCUGCUCGAACAGCACACUGUCCCUCCUGGCCACCAUGCGCGUCCAGCUCCACGGUUACACAUGGUUUCAUGGCAAUCUUUCCGGAAAGGAAGCGGAAAAAUUGAUCCUGGAGCGGGGCAAGAAUGGUUCGUUUCUCGUCCGUGAAUCUCAGAGCAAGCCUGGCGACUUCGUCCUUUCCGUGCGCACGGACGACAAAGUAACGCAUGUCAUGAUUCGAUGGCAGGACAAGAAGUACGACGUCGGCGGCGGAGAAUCCUUUGGCACCUUGUCGGAACUGAUCGAUCACUACAAGCGUAAUCCCAUGGUGGAGACGUGCGGAACCGUGGUGCAUCUGCGGCAGCCCUUCAACGCCACGCGAAUCACGGCGGCCGGAAUCAAUGCCCGGGUGGAACAGCUGGUCAAGGGUGGUUUCUGGGAGGAGUUCGAAUCGCUGCAGCAGGACAGUCGGGACACAUUCUCGCGCAACGAGGGCUACAAACAGGAGAACCGCCUCAAGAACCGCUACCGCAACAUAUUGCCAUACGACCACACGCGCGUCAAGCUGCUGGACGUGGAGCACAGCGUGGCCGGAGCCGAGUACAUCAAUGCCAACUACAUACGGCUGCCCACCGACGGCGACCUGUACAACAUGAGCAGCUCGUCGGAGAGCCUGAACAGCUCGGUGCCCUCGUGCCCCGCCUGCACGGCGGCCCAGACGCAGCGGAACUGCUCCAACUGCCAGCUGCUGAACAAGACGUGCGUGCAGUGCGCCGUCAAAAGCGCCAUUCUGCCGUACAGCAACUGUGCCACCUGCAGCCGCAAGUCGGACUCCCUGAGCAAGCACAAGCGCAGCGAAUCCUCGGCCUCAUCUUCGCCCUCCUCCGGCUCUGGCUCCGGCUCGGCCUCUGGCUCUGGCUCUGGCUCCGGACCAGGAUCGUCAGGUGCAAGCGGAGUGAGCAGCCUCAACGGACCCGGCACACCCACCAAUCUCACGAGCGGCACAGCCGGUUGUCUGGCCGGCCUGCUAAAGAGACACUCGAACGACUCGUCCGGAGCUGUCUCCAUAUCGAUGGCCGAGCGGGAACGCGAGCGAGAGCGCGAGAUGUUCAAGACGUACAUCGCCACCCAGGGCUGCCUGCUCACCCAGCAAGUGAACACGGUGACGGACUUCUGGAACAUGGUGUGGCAGGAGAACACGCGCGUGAUCGUCAUGACCACCAAGGAGUACGAGCGCGGCAAGGAGAAGUGCGCCCGCUACUGGCCGGACGAGGGUAGAACGGAGCAGUUCGGCCAUGCGCGGAUACAGUGCGUCUCGGAGAACUCGACCAGUGACUACACGCUGCGCGAGUUCCUCGUCUCGUGGCGGGAUCAGCCAGCACGCCGGAUCUUUCACUACCAUUUCCAGGUGUGGCCGGAUCACGGAGUGCCCGCCGAUCCGGGCUGUGUGCUCAACUUCCUGCAGGAUGUCAACACGCGUCAGAGUCACCUGGCUCAGGCGGGCGAGAAACCGGGUCCGAUCUGUGUGCACUGCUCGGCGGGCAUCGGACGCACUGGCACCUUCAUUGUGAUCGACAUGAUUCUCGACCAGAUCGUGCGCAAUGGAUUGGAUACCGAAAUCGACAUCCAGCGCACCAUUCAGAUGGUCCGAUCGCAGCGUUCUGGUCUCGUGCAAACGGAGGCGCAAUACAAGUUCGUCUACUAUGCGGUCCAGCACUAUAUCCAGACCCUGAUCGCCCGCAAGCGCGCCGAGGAGCAGAGCCUGCAGGUUGGCCGCGAGUACACCAAUAUAAAGUACACAGGCGAAAUUGGCAACGAUUCACAAAGAUCUCCAUUACCACCAGCAAUUUCUAGCAUAAGUUUAGUUCCGAGUAAGACGCCACUGACGCCGCCAUUGGCGGACUUGGGCACUGGGAUGGGCCUAGGCAUGGGCGUGGGCAUGGUCGUCGGCAACAAGCACGCAUCGAAGCAGCAGCCGCCGUUGCCGGUGGUCAACUGCAACAAUAAUAACAACGGCAUCGGCAUCGGCAAUAGCAGCAGCAGCAGCAACGGCAGCGGUAGCAGCAACACCAGCGGCAGCAACGGCAGCAGCAGCAACGGCAACAUCAACGCCCUGCUGGGCGGGAUCGGCUUGGGGCUGGGCGGCAAUAUGCGCAAGUCGAACUUUUACAGCGACUCGCUGAAGCAGCAACAGCAGCAAAAGCAGCGCGAGGAGCAGGCGACUGCUCCGGCGGGAGCAGGUAAGAUGCAGCAGCCGGCGCCGCCGCUGCGACCGCGUCCAGGCAUACUCAAGUUGCUCACCAGUCCCGUCAUCUUUCAGCAAAAUUCAAAAACAUUCCCAAAGACAUGAUCGGUUUGCGACCGCCGAGCCAUGCGCCUGCGUUGCCGCCGCCACCGACACCGCCGCGCAAAACAUGACAAAUGAAUUUCUAAGUCGCGACGCCCCCUUGACACGCCCACCCCCCCGACACCCACCUUCCUUCCCCCCCAACACGCACACAGACCACAAGUGGAUUUCAUUUAUAAUGUCAACCAGCCGCCACAAGUCCCAGACCCAAAACCCAAAACCCAAACCCUCGACUAUGUUUUACUGUUGUACCACGUUCUACGUUCUACGUUUUUUUUUUUUUUUUAAUAAUUGUAAUCUAUAUACUUUUUGUAAUUGUGUGUAAUGCUUAGUUGUAUGUUAUUGUCUCGCUUUAUGUUGUAAGUGUUCCCUGCACACGCAAAGCAGUAACCCCACCACCCGAAACCCCAAAACCCAGGCAUAUUUAUGUAGUAGUAUUUUAAGAACCUCCGAACCGGAAGUUGAGGAUACAAUCUGGGCGGAACUGCAGCAGUUUCCCCAAAAAAAAACACAUUUUUAAGAUGGAUCGCAGCAACAAAAUGAUAACUCCCGUUCCCUCUUCCACACCGCUUGAAUUUGGCGGAAACGGCAUUGAUAGUAUUUCACUUUUUUGAAAAUAUUCGCUUUAGAUGAGAACAUUGCCUUGUGACAAAAAUAUUUACUUGUAUUGCGUUGGUUACAAACCACCAAAAUUGCUUAACUUUAAAUUUUACUAAUCGACUCUUAUGACAUUUCGCAAGUUUAAAAAUAGUUGUAGCUUUCCAUUUGGGAAUCGUUGAAAAAAUCCAUUUACGACGCGAGAUUUAGUUCUAGCACGUUAAAUUUGAAUCGGUAAAUUUCGAAUCUAGUUUUGGCGAAAGUUGAUAAAGUUUCAGAAAAGUGAAGUCCACCUCCACCAAAUUCAACUUAAACCGGAAACGGAAACGGGUAACCGGUUGGAGUGCAAAUCAAGUUUUUAGUGUAGUAAGUGUUGACAAAAUCGAAAGAGAAGAAGUUAGAGGAGUAACUGAGGCAGUAAGCACGUAACGAUAAUGAUACAAAAAGCGUUGAUUGUGAUUCGAGUGACAGCGAGAACAGAAACUGAAACUGAAACAGUAAUAGGAACAGAUGAGAACAGAUGCAAACGAGAUCAGAUCAGAACAGAACAGCGGAGACGCCAACCGAACAGAACAGAAAAGAAAUGAACAGAUGAGAAGAGAACAGAUUAGAGGUUAAAGAAAAAGCUAAGAAGCGCUUAAGCGUGUCGUCCCUAGGAAUAAGAAAAUUAAGAUUACAGCUCGACAGAUCCAGAUCCAGAUCCAGAUCUAUAUCUCUAGCAGCCAAUUUCUGAUUUCCCCUUCCCCGUUAAAUUUCCCAUUAAUUUAGUGAUUGUGUGUGUAUAUUCUUAAUUGUAUAUUGAUGAUUAUUUAUAGCGAUUGCCCAUUGUGUUACAUUUCAAAUGAUCGAAAAAAUUGUAUUUAGAAAUUUUGUACUUUAGAAAUUAUACAUUAAUUGUGUGUCUGUGUCUCUCUACCCAGUCUCCCCAUCUCUGUCUCUCUCUCUUUCUCUCUCUCUCUCUCUCUCUCUCUCACUCUCUCUCACACCCUCUCUGUCUAUGCACGAGUGUUUUCUUGAUUAAGUUUAUUAUUUCAACGCUGAAGCGGAAUCAAACUAUAUAUGCAAUAUUUAAGCACAGUACCUUGGGCGCUGCAGAGAAAUUAAAAAAUUUCAAAAUAAAAGCCAACAGCUAAAUCAUAAAUACGAAAUAUACAGGAAGGAACAACUCAAUAUCAGCAGCAGCGAAAUAUAUAAAUCAAUUAGAUUACUGUGCAAAUUUGAGUAAUAUAUAUUUAAAACGUACCCUUAUUUUAUCUUAUUUAACUUUAUGCUUUUGUAAGUGCUUUAAAUUGUUAUUCAUCUUGAUCUUGCAAAAAAAAAAGAAAAGAAAAAACCACAAAACUGAAAAACGAAUACAAAACUAAAAAACAACACAAAUUAUAUUUGUAUUUAUACAGAAAAAUAAAACAUUUUAUAUGCGAUACACAAAAGCACAUUAUUUUUUAUUUUCCCUGCAUGUUUGUUGAACGCUUUUGCUUUUUGGUUCUCAACUUGAGUUAUGUUACUACACAUCCUCAACGAACUGAGUGAAAACCGAACACUUUGGAACAUAGCCUUAUAUAAAAGCGCCUCGACGACCAAGACGGAAAGUUGAAUCACACCACGGAGAAGAGGGAGCCACGUCCCGUCUCCCAGUUAGAACAAUAAGUAAUCAUGUGUUCACACAACCCCCAAACCCCAAACAACCCAACCACCCACCACCCACUCGAAUCGAAUCGAAUUGAAUUAAAUCGAAACUGACCCCUGACCUUCCACCCACCAUCUGAGCACUAGCGGGUGAUCCCAAACGGACGAAAAAAGAAUGUGUGUAAGUGCGUGAUCUAGUACUUUAUAUAGUUAGCCUAUAAUACGAUAAUUCAAAUGGAAUAUGUCGAAGCCUGGCUUCGACUGGGCGGCGACCUAGUGGCCCCCAAAAACGAAGGUGAAUCCGAAUAUGAAUAUGAAUGUGCAUCCCACUGGGGAUACGAUAUGUUUUGAUCUUGGAGGCGCGGGGCGCACAAAGUUCCGCGCCUCUUGUGUUGAAUUUUUUAUAGCAUAUAGACAGAGGUGGAUAUCGGAGAUGGAGAUUGGAAAUUCGAGAUUGGAGAAUGCAGUCCAAUGGAGCAGCCAGCGGAGGAAGAGAUGAAUGCCAAAGCACAAAAGCCAACAGCAAAAAGCAACAAACAAACACCAAUAGGCCUCAUCGCAGUCAUUUGACCACCAAAAAACUCAUAAACAACGAUGUUAUAAUCAAUAAGAACGAACCAAAAUCAAAAUAACGACGUGAGCAUUGAGGGAGGGAUCGAUGAAGACGACCCAAACACCAAGAAUAAAAAACAAAAACAAGAGCAAGGAAACGCUUUAAACUUAAAUAAUUCUAAAAUUGUAUCUAGGCAAUAUCGAAAUGUAAACCAAACACCAACUAUCCAUAGUAGAGAACGUACACCAAGAAGAAAUUGCUUAAGUGACUUACUUUAAAUAACGAUACUAUCGGGUAGGACCUCAAAACCCCCAGCAACCGUAGCCUCGGACCUCAACCGAUUUCCCCGUCACCCUGUGACCUUGUGACCCCUUUGACCUCCCUGACCCGAAUCCAACGUACCCUCCUCCAGUACGUCUAUAAGCUAACCACGCGAUCCAACCUCAACCCGUGUUCAUAAUCCGUUGAGAUGAUGAGAUGAUGAGUUGUUCGAUUUUUAGUGAAACCUCGGUGCGGUUUCGAUGUUGCAAGAAUUAAAAAACCAAAUAGAGACGACGUUUUCUUUGUUCAAAUGUUGCCAAUUUGCAAAAUACAAGUGUUAAACUACCAUAUACUAUAUGGAGUAUGAAUAAUAUAUAUUUAGUGGCGAAUUACAGCGCAGUACUACUCGGUAGGGUAGCAUUUUCAUUGAGUCCGACAAAAACAAAACAAGCGAGGCAAACGCAUAUGUAUCUGUAUACAAGAAGCAGCUUAGAGAUACUUCUCUUGGCAUAUAAAAUAUUAGUCGACCUACGAGCAUUAGACAUCUGUGUAGAAUACUGCGAAUAUUGUUAAACGGUGACGAUUUGAUUGGAACUAUAGAUAACAAUCCAAAACAAAACAAAAGGUAAAAAAGGUAAAAAAAAAAGGUAAACGAGCCCACGACGAAACGCGAUAGACGCGACGCAACAAACCAACAAACAAAGUUUUCGUAGCUCUAGAUCGUAAGAUAAACAAAUUAUUGAAACGCAACAAAGCGAUCGAUCGCAAAAUCGAGACAGAAGGCAACACCAACUUAAUUGUAGACAAAACCAAAGUCGUUGUAAUGUUGAAGCAAAUCUAUAUGUAAUAAACUAAAUAAACGUAACAAACAUAAAAUUUAAACACAGCCACAAAAUAUUAUUAUGAAAUUAAAUUGAAACCUUAAGAUGCAUAGCUGUUCGACACAUUAUACCAAUAACAAUAUUGAAGAUAUAUUCUACAUUUUUAUGUGUCUGCAUAUUUGAAAGAAAAAUAUAUAUUAUUGAAUAAACCAUAUUUCAAAUAACCUUUCGGAAAA